AUGAAUAUUCAUGAUCUUAUGGCUACAGAUAAUGAAGAGGAAAAUACAAUUAAUGAAAUGAUUAAUAAAAGUGAAAAAGAAAAUAUAAUUAGUGAAAUAUUUAGUGUUAUGCUUACUAAUACUACUUAUACUACUAUUAAUGCUUUUGGUCUUGGUAAUAAAGUUAUAGCAGUUACUACAGACAAUGUCUCAAAUAUGAAUGUAUUUGGAGAUAAGCUUGCAAAAUGUGCUGCACACAUUCUUAAUUUAGUAGCAAGAGAUGGUCUUAAUGAAGCAGGGCUUUCAGUUAAAAAAAAAUGUUCUAUAUUAGUACCAGAAACUGAUACUAGUACUCAUUGGAACUCAACUUAUAUCAUGAUAGAAAAAUUAUACAAAAUUCAAGAAAUUACAGAUAUAUUAGUUGCUCUUAUUAAAUUACUCGAACCAAUUUAUCAUGCUACAAAUAUUCUUUCAUCAUCAAGUUAUCCGACACUUGGAGAUCUUCAUAUGGUAUUUCCUGUUAUUAUAAAUACAAUAAAUGAAGUUCAAAAUGAAAGUGCAAUUCUCGAUCCAAAUAAUAAAUUAAUACCAUUUGAGCAUGAAAAUAUAAGUAAAGUGCAACAAAUAAUUUAUGAAACUUAUAGGACACAUUAUAUAACUAAAAAUAAAAUUACUGAAGAAUUACCCAAAUCUGGAUCUUUACGAGAUUACUUUCAGCACCAUCUUAAAAGAUCAUAUGACAUGUUUGCUGAUAAUAAUAAUUCUCUUAGAGAAUAUUUAAAUUUACCUAUUGAAGAAGUUGAUAUCCUUACAUAUUGGAAAGCCAAGUCUUUAAAUUCUCGUUGGUCUUCACUUGCUUGUAUAGCACGUGAUUAUUUAAUAGUUCAAGCAACAAGUGUUGCAAGUGAACAAAUGUUUAGUGUUGCAAAGUUUACUAUUAGUCCAACUAGAUGUUGUUUAGAUCCUGAAAAAGCCCGUGCAGCUCUUUGUCUUAAAACUUG